GACACGGGGGAUACCCAGAAGAUCCGAGACAUCACCAUGGACACGGGGGAUACCCAGAAGAUCCGAGACAUCACCAUGGACCAGGAAGACAUGGACAAGAAGGGAUUUGGAAAGCGUUAUGCGUUUCUGUUCUCGUCUAAGCAACCCGAGCCCCCAUCGCCGCCGCGAAGCCGAGCGAACCAGGGUGGCCAACUGAGGAGGUCAAACUUGAAGAACAUUGGAUCUAGUAUCGAACAACACCUUGUGGAUUUGGUCAGUGGAUUCGGCGAGAAUCCUGACGCCGGAUUCGGCGAACGGAAGUUUGACCUUGUGACAGAUAUUAACGGCCAUGUGCCGGGUCAUCUCGGCGUGCUGAUCACCAUGGAGCGCGGUGAUUCCAGUGGCCGCCUUGAUUAG